AUGGACAAAUUCAACAAGUAUUGGGAAGAACCCAAUAAUGUGAUGGUGAUCGCUACUAUUCUUGACCCAAGGUACAAGCUGAAAUACAUCAAGUGGGGUUUCUAUAAGAUCUAUGGACAUGAUAAAGCUGCAGCUGAAUAUGAUUUGAUCGAGAUCGAGUUGGCAAAGUUGUAUGAGACAUAUGAUAUGCAUCACCGACAUGAGAAAGCCGAUUCUUAUAGAGCGGGUGCAUCCUCAGCUACAACCAUGGAUACAAGUGCCUCUCUACCCUCUAGUGCUAGCGAGUUCACCUCAUACUUAAGUGAAACUUCUUUGGAGACAACGAAGAAUGAGCUUGACAAGUAUCUUGGCGAGGCAAAUGAGAGCUUGCUAAACAAAAAAUUUGAUGUGUUGAUGUGGUGGAGGCUGAAUGCACAUAGAUACCCCGUCGUGGCAAAGAUGGCGAAGAACUUCUUGACUAUACCGGCCACUUCGGUGUCUGCGGAGUCUACUUUCAGCACCGGGGGUCGAGUUCUAGAUGACUAUAGGAGUUCUCUGAAGCCGUCGAUGGUGAAGGCGUUGGUGUGUGCUUCUAGCUGGAUUAAAGGUGCCCACAAUGACAACGGGAAUUCGAUGAAUAUGGCAGCGGAUGAUGAUGAUGAUGUUGAGAGCAUUCCAUUUCCAAAAAGUGUGGUGGGGAGCAACUAAUUCGAUAUGGCGAUAGCAAAGAGGGUCGGAGGAGAUGCAAUGAUGGAGCGGUGGUUCUUUUGUGUGUUAAAACUUGUUGUUUGAUUGAGCUAUGGCUCAUGAUCUACUUGUUCUAUUAUCUGUUGAACUCAACUAAGUGCAUGUAUUUGUGAACUUUGAUGUAUGACACUUUAUUGGACUAAGUGUAUGCAUGAAUGUACUCUGUGAAACUUAUUACACAAUG